AUGGGAUGCACACAGUCUAAGGCGGACGCACCAAAAGGUCCCAGCAGAACUAUGGACAGGCAGAAGUCAGCGAAAGAAGAAUAUGAACGGCGUGAGAGCAAGAGACUCUCUGCUCUUGAUUCCCACAUAGGCAAGCGCAAGCACCUCGAUAUCAUGCCGCCACCCGUGAAGGCCAUCCCUAAAGUUUCUCCAAAGGGCACGGUAAAAAGGGGCAAUUAA